CCAGACCGCCUCUCCCUCGACCGCUGCCCGACCUCGACUUCCCUUCUCCUCCAGAGACAUAAUCCCUCGCGACACCUUUGGUUCUCGUGUCACAGCAGAGGCUCAUACAUAUACAUAUAUCCUUUUAAUUCUCUCUUCGCUUCAACCGCGUCCCCGCCCACCGUCAAUCUACCGCCGCUCGAUCCCCCCUUUCCCAACUCUGCCAUCCAUCAUUCAACAUGGCCCCUUCCCAGAUCCAGCUUGAGGCUCAGGACCGUGAGCGCGAUGCCGCCUUCAACAAGGCCAUGCACGGCGACUCGGCCCAGGCCACUGGCGGCAUCCGUGCCAUGUUUGCCAAGGGCGCCGAUGCCAAGCAGGCCGCCGUCGACGAGUACUUCAAGCACUUUGAUAACAAGGCCGCCAAGGACGAGACCGAGGAGACUCGCAAGGCCCGCACCGACGAGUACGCCACCAUGACCAGACACUACUACAACCUCGCCACCGAUCUGUACGAGUAUGGCUGGGGCCAGUCCUUCCACUUCUGCCGCUACUCCGUCGGCGAGCCCUUCUACCAGGCCAUUGCCCGCCACGAGCACUACCUCGCCCACCAGAUCGGCAUCAAGGAGGGCAUGCGCGUUCUCGAUGUCGGCUGCGGUGUCGGUGGCCCGGCUCGCGAGAUUGCCAAGUUCACCGGUGCUCACGUCACGGGUCUGAACAACAACGACUACCAGAUCCAGCGUGCCACCUUCUACGCUGCCAAGGAGGGUCUCUCCAAGCAGCUCGCCUUUGUCAAGGGUGACUUCAUGCAAAUGGACUUCCCCGACAACUCGUUCGAUGCCGUCUACGCCAUCGAGGCCACUGUCCACGCCCCCAAGCUGGUCGGUGUCUACAGCGAGAUCUUCCGCGUGCUCAAGCCCGGUGGCGUCUUUGGUGUCUACGAGUGGCUCAUGACUGACGAUUACGACAACGACAACAUCGCCCACCGCGAGAUCCGCCUCGGCAUCGAGGAGGGCGACGGCAUCUCCAACAUGGUCAAGAUCUCCGAGGGUGUUCAGGCCAUGAAGGACGCCGGCUUCGACCUGCUGCACCACGAGGAUCUGGCCCAGCGCCCCGAUGCCAUCCCGUGGUACUGGCCCCUUGCCGGCCGCUGGAAGUACAUGCAGUCCAUGUUUGAUGCCUUCACCAUUGCACGGAUGACCUGGUGGGGCCGUGGCCUGGCCCACGCCUUUGCUGGCGCUCUCGAGGCCAUCCGGGUCGCGCCGCGGGGCACCAAGAAGACGGCCGACAGCUUGGCCAAGGCUGCCGACUGCCUGGUCGCUGGUGCCGAGCAGAACCUGUUCACCCCCAUGUACCUGAUGGUGGGCAAGAAGCCCGAGAACUAAAGAGUACCUGCGCUCUCUGAAAAUGGGAAUAGACGGGGAAACUGGUUUGGGAAAGGUCAGCAUAUACCGGCGUAUCGGGCGGCAGUGGCAUAGACGGACAAUAUGUGUCCAUAUAAUAUAAUUACACGGGAAGGAGCAGGACUGCCGGAUCAGGCGGCAAAGCGGCAUACGAAGUCCUAAGCUGGGACAGCACGAGACCGUGCAAAUUCAUCAUAGGGAGAUCCCUGUCUACAUAUAAUGCGAAACAUGAUUUUGAGAUGCAGACAUUGGCUGGUCGCU